AAACGUAUACAACGAUUACACGGGAAAACGCAUUUUUGCGUUAUGCAACUUUUAUAACUUAAUAAAAGAAGAGGUUUAAAGUUUUUGAAGAAAAAAGUACUCAUAAUGAUUUCGUUAAUUUUCAAACUUAUUUUAAUAUCAACGCAAAUUAUUUGCUAUCAAUCAUCAAUAGUUCAGAAAAAUCUUGGAUCACAAAUAAUACUUAAACAUUUCGAAUCACCGGUAUUUCGAUUUGCAAAUCAUUACGCUGAUCACAUGGUUUUGCAAAAAAGUCCAUAUAGAGCAGUUAUUUGGGGAUUUGGACAAGAAAAUAGCGACGUAAUUAUAGAAGUAAAAGAAAAACGUUAUGGGACUGUCGUUCAAAAAAAUGCUUAUGGAGAAAAUGUUUGGAAUGUUACCUUGGAUCCGCAAGAUUCGGAGCAACCAAUUUUAAUUCAGGGAUUUUCAAUAGUUGGCAAUCAUUUAGUGACUAUUGAAUUAAAAGACGUGUUAUUUGGAGAUGUAUGGAUUUGUGGAGGACAAAGUAACAUGCAGUUUCCAACAAACGAGGCGUUUACUUCAAAUGAGGAACUGAAUAUCUCUUCAAAGUACACAAAUGUUCGUUUAUUCACCGCAGGACGAUAUUAUACAAAUGUAGCAAUAAGAGAGAUUUCGACAUCUAAUAUUUUGCAACAAUGGACUCUACCAUCAAGAGAUAGUGUGGCAUCUUUUUCUGCAGUUUGCUGGAUGUAUGGAAGGAAACUGUAUGAUAUCUAUAAAGUGCCAAUCGGGUUAAUCUCAUCUAACCAAGGAGGAUCUUGUAUAGAGUCUUGGUCAUCUCCUCAAACUCUUAAAGUUUGCAAUGCAACAUCUAAAUAUCCUGUUACAUUUAAUAACGACAAUGUUUUAUGGAAUGCUAUGAUUUCUCCAUUUCUAAAAACUACAAUUUACGGAGCGAUAUGGUAUCAAGGGGAACAAAACGCUAUAAACCCCGAGGGAUACAACUGCACUUUUCCUGCAAUGAUAAAUGGUUGGCGAAAGGAAUGGAGUGACGGAACAGGGGGAGAAACAAAUAUAAAAUUUCCAUUUGGAUUUGUACAGCUUGCAUCAUUCAACGACGGAACCACACCUGGGUUCCCAACACUUCGUUGGCUUCAAACUGCCGGCUAUGGUUAUGUACCAAACAAACAACAAGAAAACACUUUUAUGGCAGUUGCUAUGGAUUUGGCUGAUAACAAUUCACCUUAUGGAAGUAUCCACCCAAGGGAUAAAGCAGAUGUUGCAGAAAGGUUAGUCUUAGCAGUAAGAUCAGUUGUCUAUAAAGAAAAUGUCUAUUGGACCGGACCAAUAUUUAGUAAAGCAGCUAUUUGUUUACCUUUCGGUAUAAAAUCAACAACGAUACAAAAUAUAGUUGUAUACUACACAGUAGAAUCAGUUGAAGCACAAAGCAUUAUAAUUGCCAGUUUGGAUGGGUUUGAGGUACUACAGAGCAACGGAAAUUGGAUUCAAGCGCAAGUGUCUUAUUCGAUAAACAACAAAGUUCUUUUGACAACUAACGUCACUGAUGUUUAUGCGCUAAGAUACGCUUGGAAACCAAAUCCUUGUGCAUUUAAGAGCUGUGCAAUUUAUUCGGCCUCAAAUCUACCAAGCCCGCCCUUCAUAAACUAUGGUCCGUUUCAUUAUAUUUUUCCCUUAAUAGGUAAUAGUUAUACAAAAAAAAAUAUUAAGAUGAAAUUGAAUCACAAGGAUGCCAAAAUUUGUCAGUUUCAGUAAAAAGUAAACAAAAAACUGU